AUGGCCUAUGACCGCUACGUUGCCAUCUGCCAACCCCUGCACUACGGGACCCUCCUGGGCAGCAGAGCUUGUGUCCACAUGGCAGCAGCUGCCUGGGGCACUGGGCUGCUCUAUUCUCUCCUGCACACUGCCAACACAUUUUCCCUACCCCUCUGCGGAGGCAAUGCUGUGGACCAGUUCUUCUGUGAAAUCCCCCAGAUCCUCAAGCUCUCCUGCUCAGAUUCCUACCUCAGGGAAGUUGGGCUCCUUGUGGUUAGUGCCUGUUUAGCAUUUGGGUGUUUUGUUUUCAUUCUUUUUUCCUAUGUGCAGAUCUUCAGGGCCGUGCUGAGGAUCCCCUCUGAGCAGGGACGGCACAAAGCCUUUUCCACGUGCCUCCCUCACCUGGCCGUGGUCUCCCUGUUUAUCAGCACUGCCAUCUUUGCCUACCUGAAGCCCCCCUCCAUCUCCUCCCCAUCUCUGGACCUGGUGGUGUCAUUUCUGUACUCGGUGGUGCCUCCAGCAGUGAACCCCCUCAUCUACAGCAUGAGGAACCAGGAGAUCAAAGAUGCCCUGAGGGAACUGAUAACAGCAUGA